UUAGGAAACUGUGAUCUAAAGAUGAACUUUUGAUAUAUUGUCCAUACAGUUCUGGACUGUAUCUACUUGUCCGUCUGCCCAUCUUCUUGUGUUUCCGAGCACCGACACGUUUUCCCCGCACAAGUUACACACCUUUUGCCCCUGAAGCCAAUCUAUUGAGAUGGAGCGUGUGAUUGGACUUGUUAACAAGCUGCAACAGAUAUGCACAUCGUUGGGCGACAACGCGCUUAGCCCGCAAAGCAUUCUCUGGAACAAAUUGCCAACUAUUGUCGUUGUGGGCGGCCAGAGCUCGGGCAAAUCGUCGGUGCUUGAGGCCGUUGUCGGCAGGGAUUUCUUGCCGCGCGGCACUGGUAUUGUCACGCGUCGCCCUCUGGUGCUCCAGCUUGUCAAAACUGACGACUCUAGUGCCCAGGACUAUGGGGAGUUCUCACACGCGCCAGGUCGCAAGAUUCCCAGCUUUGAGGACAUUCGCAAGGAGAUCGAGGAUGAAACCGAGAGGCACCUCCACAAGAUGGGGGGCAACAAAGUGGUCUCUCCGGAUCCAAUCUACCUGACCGUCUACUCCAACAACGUUCCCAACCUAACCUUGGUAGACAUGCCAGGCCUUACAAAGGUGCCCAUCGACGGCCAGCCGCCGAGUAUCGUGCAGGAGCUGGACGAAAUGGCGCGCCAGUACGUGAAGUCCGACAACGCCAUCAUCCUAGCAGUGACACCCGCCAACGCAGAUUUGGCGACCUCAGAUGCGCUGCGCAUGGCACGCGACGUGGACCCCAGCGGCGAUCGCACCAUUGGCGUGCUGACGAAGGUGGAUAUCAUGGACCGUGGCACGGAUUGCCGCGACGUGCUGCUGGGAAGGACGCUGAAGCUCAAGCACGGCUGGGUGGCGGUGGUGAAUCGUGGCCAAGCCGACAUUAACAGCAGGGUAUCCAUGAAGGACGCACGUGCAAAAGAGCGUGAAUUCUUCCAGGGCAAACCCGAGUAUCAGGACCUGCAGAACACGGGCACGACCUUCCUUGCGGAUAAAUUGUCCAACCACCUGAUUAAUGAGAUCAUGAAGAGCCUUCCGUCCAUCCAAUCAUACAUCGAUGAUACCAUCGCCAAGCUUACGAAAGAAUUGCAGGCACUCGGCGGCGACGUGAGUCAUAGCCGUGGCGCUAUGCUGCACAUGACAUUGCAGCUAUGCCAAAAACUGGAGCGGGCCUUCGAGCGUAUUGUUGAUGGCGGGAAGGACGGUGGCGAGAAGAUCCUGGACGUGUUUGAGAUCAAGCUCAAGGAGGCCAUCAACAAGUUGCCUUUCCAGCGGAUCCUGACGCUCAAAAACGUGCAGAUGGUUGUGAACGAGGCGGAUGGCUACCAGCCGCACAUUAUCGCGCCAGAGAACGGCUACCGCCGUCUCAUUGAGGAUGGGCUGUCGUUGCUGCGUGACCCUUCGCUCAACGCAGUCGAGCUGGUGCAUCAAAUCCUCAAGGCUAUUGUGACCCUCGCGGUCAACACGCCGGACUGCCGAGACCUGCAGCGGUUCUUCAACUUGAAAUCGGAGAUUAUCAACCACGCCGCCAACACGCUCGAGCGCCUCCGCAAGGAUACCGACGCCAUGGUUCGUACGCUUGUGGACAUGGAGGCCUCUUACCUAUCGGCCAGCUUCUUCCGUGAGAUUGUGGCUGCGGAAAGCUACGCCUACGAUCCCUCACGGCCACGGCCCGCGUUCUACACGCUCUCGGGAGAGAACCUCUUCGAAAAGCGGUACGACAACCUGCCGGUCGCGGACGCGCACCUGCAGAAGAUCAGCGACCACGUCUCCGCCUACCUGGCCAUCGUCAAGGGGCAGAUGCUGGCUACCGUGCCAAAGGCAAUUGUGCAUUGCAUGGUAAUCCCGGCGAAGGGCGGCCUGCUCAUGGCCCUCCAGGAGGAUGUGGCGGGCAAGGAGGAGCCACAGCUGCGGCGCUUAAUCAACGAGAGCGAGGAGAUCGCCGAGCAGCGCGAGAGUGUUAAGAAGCGACUUACGUUGCUGCAGCGGGCAUCCAAGGAAAUCGCGGCUUUCAUGUAGAGGAUGUAGCAGUUAGGAGGAUGAAUACAUGCGUAUUAGGGUCGUUAGGUCUGUUUUGGACUUUCCGUUAGAAGACCGCAGGGGUUUGGAAUGAGCGAAACUGUGAGGUAGCAGGCUGUAUACUGUCUAGGUGUUCUGUGUGUACAUCUCAUGGCGUCGAAGGCGCAGUUUGUGAUUGGUAGGGCGGUAGGUGCGGGCAGUAGGGCUUUCCUACCAACGGUCGUUUUUUGUCUAGCAUGAUCCGUCCAAUGCUGACUGUGAAUUUUUGACGUCUGCGCCAAGUUAGUGCAAGUCUAUAGCAACAUUUUACUUGGACUACCUGCGAGCCUUAGGCACGAGACUAUUAACUCGUCUUUUCUGGGGUUGCAACAUCUGUACUUUGCGUUUCUUUUACGCUGUAACUGCCACAAGAACUG